GGUCACUUUGGACGAGUUUAUCUGGCCACGUUGAUGCAUGGCAACCAGUCGGCUGAAAUUGUGGCUGUGAAGACUAUGAAAUACAAAGCUGAGGAAUGCGAAAUGGUGGAGUUGUUCUUGAAAGAGGCAGUUCUUAUGAAGGACUUCCAACACCCGCACGUGCUUGGUAUAAAAGGCAUAACAUUCGCCGAUGACUCCACGCCAAUGGUCAUUCUUCCUUUCAUGGCCAACGGAGAUCUAAGAAAUUACAUUCUCAACCCAGAACUGAACAUAACGAUACUGAACCUGCUGAUGAUGGGGAUGCAGGUGGCACACGGCAUGGCCUACCUAUCGAGUCACCACUUUGUCCAUCGAGAUCUGGCUGCCAGGAAUUGCAUGGUGAAUAACUCUGGAGUGGUGAAGAUAGCUGACUUUGGCAUGUCGAGGCAGUUGAUAAGUUGUGAGUACUACAGGGUGAAACAUGGCAAAGAUCCCUUUCCAGUCAGAUGGAUGGCUCCCGAGUGCCUUGAAGCCAAAAUAUUCACCACAAAAAGUGACGUGUGGGCGUAUGGGGUGUUGCUGUGGGAGUUGAUGACCAGAGGAGCUGUUCCAUACGCGGAGGUUGAAAACUGGCAGGUGGCAGGCCUCAUUCAGAGUGGGGAACUCCUCAAACAACCACCCUUCUGUCCCGAUGUUGUGUACGCAAUAAUGAUGAAGUGCUGGACACAGGAUGCCCAGGAACGCCCGACAUUCGAUCAGAUCAUUUCAGACGUCAACUCUGUGGUCAGU